UAUUUCAAAUAUAAUUGUAGGAAGCGAUGGGCCACGAAGGAGCAAAGCCUCAACGUGCUAUUUAUUUGAGAAACGGAAGAAUUUUUACCACAGGAUUUUCUCGCAUGAGCGAACGACAAUAUGCAUUACGUAAUGAGUCAUCUCUUAAAGACCCCAUCAUUCUAGAAACAUUAGAUACAAGCAACGGCGUCUUAUAUCCAUUCUACGACCCAGAUGUUAAUCUUCUUUAUCUUUGUGCCAAGGGUGACAGCAACAUCCGAUACUUUGAAAUAACGGACGAGGCGCCGUAUGUUCACUACAUCAGCACGUUUCAAUCUUCCGAACCCCAAAGAGGCAUGGGAGUUAUGCCAAAGAGAGGUUGCGAUGUUCACCAAUGUGAAAUUGGAAGAUUUUACAAAUUACAUUCUCGUGGCUUCUGUGAAGUCAUUUCAUUUACUGUGCCAAGAAAGUCCGAACUAUUCCAAGAUGAUCUGUAUCCUCCCACCCUGGCCGAUGUUCCCGCAAUUUCUGCUGAAGAGUGGUCCGACGGAAAAAAUGCUGAGCCAAUAUUGUUUUCUCUGAAAGACGGCUACAUUCCUGCUAAAAAACAAGAAUUAAAGGUGACGAAGAAACCAAAUAUUUUGGACAAGAUGCCCGCAAAGAACUCGAAUGUGUCGGCUGGAACGGCUGAUUCGUCGCAUGUGCCUCAGAGGCAACAGAAUCAAAAAAUGGACGAAAUGGUGGAAGAGGUCAGAAAAAUGAAGGCCACGUUACUGAAACAUGAAAUUCGCAUCCGAGAUCUAGAGAAAAUGUUAGAAUCUCCGGGAGGAAGACUGGCAGGAAACAAACCCGUCCAUUCCAGUGCCAACAGUCACGGCAACUCGGGUCUCAUGCCGGACGAAGUGUAACGUUCCUGUCUGCUUGCUCUCGCCGACGGUCCGCCCCAAUCUAGUCUACUCGGAGACGACAUGUACAAACGACCGGCAGCGGUCUUUCCGCGUUGACGGCGGGAGACGGCCCGGCCGGGGGAUUUUUCAAAAAGGAAAACAAGACGCCGGCAGUUCUACGUCUUUUUGUUCAUCUCCAAAUUAGAACUGAUCUUUUAUUUUGUCAAAUUGAGUUUUUUGCCACGGUACCGAACGUGUAUCUUGUUUGUCAUGCGAUAGUUCAUGACCGUGUUCCCUUCGAGUUCAAAUUUAAGGUAUGUGAAAUGUGUGCAUGUGGUGUGUGGCUGUAAAAUGUGAAUAAUUUUCCAGUUUUACAGAAUAUUUCUGGGAUAUAUUGAGUCGAACGAUUUAUAGAUAUUAAGAUAUACAUAAUUAAUACAUUAUUGUUUUGCAGUCGUAUCGUAACGGGGAUUACUUAUUAACGGCAUUCCAGUUUCGAAAAAUGUCCAAAUAUUUUUAAAAAGAUCUUUUUAAAAUACAUUCCAUUAAAGGAAGGCUUAUUUAUAUAUAUAUAUAUGUGACAUUAUCAUGCAUCAUUUUAUACAAAUGCCAUCAAAAUCUUGCUACAAUAAUUAAGAAUCCAUUUUUUUUAUUAUUAAACCUAUUUUUUUAAAUGCGUAUAUUUUUCGUCACUAAUUGCAGAUAUUAUUAAUUCUGAAUAUAUUAUUGCUAUGCAAAUGUAUCCCACGGAAGAUGCUUCUAAAGAGGAUUAUGUUAAAAUUUAGUAUCUGUGAUAUUACAGAUACUAAAUAUUGUGAUUUAUGCUUUUUUUAUAUAAAAGAAAAAAAUAAAGCAUCUCACAGAGAUGUGUAAUGUAUUUAAAUUUUUUUUUUAUUAAUGGAUGAGCUAAAACUGUUUCGAACCGAUACAUCGUCUGUCUUCCAGUAAACGUCAGAAUUUUUUUACGUCUUAAUACGAAAAAUUAUAUUUCUAUAAGAGAAAAAUGGGAAAACAAUGAGAUUCUUGCAAUUCACAAUACCAAAAAAAAAAAUAAUUUGCUAGGUGUAUAAUUAUUGUGCUUAUAUUCUUGGUUAACAAAAUUAUUUUCGAAGCGAGGAUGCAAUGUUUUUCGACAAUAUAAAUCCUUUAGAAAAUUAA